CUCUCCUCCAGCAACCCCGGGGGCCGCACCCCCUUCCACGUCUGCGAACCCCCGCAGUUAACCCCUCACCCCUCGCAGCAGGCUUGCCUCCCGAAACGUCUGGUGUGGUGUCUUCGUUGCCAAUGGAGAAGCACCCUAUCUCCCCAUGCCGUCUCUUAAGCUUUGGGGCAUUGAAAUCUUCCUGAGGAAUCUUGUCCCCUUUUGGUGUUCCCUUCUACACAGUGGCCCUCUUGGGUAGGCCUUUUGCGUGGACUUCCUCUGUCGCGCCCCUGUCCCAUCUAGUCCUUUCCUUCUAGCCGGUAUCUUCAGGAUAUUUUCCACCCUCUCCAUCCAGUUAAGUGUCAGCAUCAGCUGGACUUUUAUCCGUGCUCCUCCCCCGACCCCUUCCUACUUUCUCAUCUCGCCGCCUUCCUUACCCGAGUGUUUUGGUGUUUUUACUUCGUGUUCCUUCGUUUCUCCUUUCCCAAUUGGGAUGGAGUUAGGGAUUAUUGGAAAUGAUCUGUGUGUUUUAUUUGCAUGUUCUUUAAAGCUUUGUUUUUUUGUGGGAGAGGAGGGGGUCUGUACUUGAAGUUGAAUUAGGGAUUUUGUGAAAAUGGGAGUGCUGAUCAACUGUUUGAAGAGGACAGGGAGAGAUCUUUACUGAAAGAAAAAAAUACUUUAGAUUGUGUUCCUGUGUUUGAAAGUUGCAAUCUUGCAGCAUUCUUAAAUCGCUCCCCCUCAAAAAUCUGAACAGAAAGUCUCCCAAGCCACUCUCCAAGGAGUUUCAAGGCUUUACCAACAGGGACGAUUAUGUCAACUGGGCAGUGAAUUUUGUGAAUUGGAAGUUUUUGCUAAAGUACUGAGAGCUUUGGAUAAAAGACAUUUGCUUCAUCAUUGUUUUCAGGCUUUGAUGGAUCAUGGUGUUAAAGUUGCUUCAGUCUUGGCCUACUCAUUCAGUAGGCGGUGCUCUUAUAUAGCAGAAUCAGAUGCUGCGGUAAAGGAAAAAGCCAUUCAGGUUGGCUUUGUUUUAGGUGGCUUUCUUUCAGAUGCAGGCUGGUAUAGUGAUGCUGAGAAAGUUUUUCUGUCCUGCCUUCAGUUGUGUACUCUACACGAUGAGAUGCUUCAUUGGUUUCGUGCAGUAGAAUGUUGUGUGAGGUUGCUUCAUGUGCGAAAUGGAAACUGCAAAUAUCAUUUGGGUGAAGAAACAUUUAAAUUAGCUCAGACAUAUAUGGAUAAACUAUCAAAACAUGGCCAGCAAGCAAAUAAAGCUGCACUCUAUGGAGAACUGUGUGCACUCCUAUUUGCAAAAAGUCACUAUGAUGAGGCAUACAAAUGGUGCAUUGAGGCAAUGAAAGAAAUUACAGCAGGCUUACCAGUGAAAGUUGUGGUGGAUGUUUUAAGACAAGCUUCUAAGGCUUGUGUAGUAAAACGUGAAUUUAAGAAGGCAGAACAGUUAAUUAAACAUGCAGUGUAUUUGGCACGGGAUCAUUUUGGAUCAAAACACCCAAAAUAUUCUGAUACACUGCUAGAUUAUGGGUUCUACUUACUCAAUGUAGAUAAUAUCUGUCAGUCUGUUGCAAUUUAUCAGGCAGCACUUGACAUUAGACAGUCAGUGUUUGGUGGCAAAAAUAUCCACGUAGCAACAGCUCAUGAAGAUUUGGCCUACUCUUCUUAUGUCCACCAGUAUAGCUCUGGGAAAUUUGACAAUGCACUAUUUCAUGCAGAAAGAGCUAUUGGUAUCAUUACCCACAUCCUACCUGAAGAUCAUCUUCUUUUGGCUUCUUCAAAGAGGGUGAAAGAACUUAAAAACUUGCCUUGUCGGCCAGGCGUGGUGGCUCACGCCUGUAAUCCCAGCACUUUGGUAGGUCGAGCACUUAUUUUAGAGGAGAUUGCAAUUGACUGUCAUAAUAAGGAAACUGAACAGAGGCUGCUUCAAGAAGCUCAUGAUUUGCACCUGUCUUCACUCCAACUAGCUAAAAAAGCUUUUGGGGAAUUUAAUGUACAGACUGCAAAACACUAUGGAAACCUUGGAAGACUUUAUCAGUCAAUGAGAAAAUUUAAGGAAGCUGAAGAAAUGCACAUCAAAGCAAUUCAGAUUAAAGAACAACUUCUUGGUCAAGAAGAUUAUGAAGUAGCCCUUUCAGUCGGACAUCUGGCUUCUUUAUAUAAUUAUGACAUGAAUCAGUAUGAAAAUGCUGAGAAACUUUAUUUGCGAUCUAUAGCAAUUGGGAAGAAACUUUUUGGUGAAGGCUACAGUGGACUAGAAUAUGAUUAUCGAGGUCUCAUUAAACUUUACAACUCCAUUGGAAAUUACGAGAAAGUGUUUGAAUAUCACAAUGUUCUGUCUAACUGGAACCGGUUGCGAGAUCGGCAGUAUUCAGUGACAGAUGCUCUUGAAGAUGUCAACACCAGCCCCCAGUCCACUGAAGAAGUGGUGCAGUCCUUCCUGAUUUCUCAGAAUGUUGAGGGACCGAGCUGCUGAGGGAGGACCUCAGUUAACCAAUUACCUUUUCCCGGAUUCCAGGGAAUUCAUACUGUGAAAUCAAAACCAUGUUGUUUUGGGGGGCUGGAAUUUGCAUUGAAACACUGGUCCAGUCCAUUGAAGACCCUAUUUUGGGUGAUCCCUAUCUUGCAGAGUGUCUGUAGGAAUAAGCAUAUAUUCAGUUAUAUUCAGCAUGUACCGCAUGUGUAAGUAGUCUGGCCCACAUUUUCAACCUCGUAGAACAAACAACAGGAAAUCUUUUUUUUGUUUGUUUUUAAAAAAUUCAUUUUGCAGAAAGCCUGAAAGAAUAAAACACACCCCUAAAUAAAACUAUUUAAGAGUUUAAAAGAGUUGCAUUCUUAUUAUGUAAGGAUGAUUUUAACAACUUUUUAAUAUGUAAUUCUUCCAUGUGGAGGUAUUCAAUACUGUAGUGUAAAGGAAUUUUAUGGGAAAAUCUUUAUAUGCAGUAUAGAAAAGUUAAUACAAGUACUAAUAAAAGAGGGACAUCCUGACUUAUGUUUGGCUACCUUGCCCAGAUAAGUGGAUACAACCACUCUGUAUUACAAGGAAAGGACUGUCAGAUUCAUCUGAACUGGACCAGUGUUGAUCUGUAAGUAACAGAAAAUCUGAUAGACCAGCACUUCUGACUGUUUUGUUUUGUUUUUUUUUUUUUGGUACAACAAUGUAAGAUGCUCUGAUAGCAUUUGCUAACAGGACCAGGAGGAUCUAAAAAGGACCAGCCUUAUGUAGAAGGUGGUUAUUUGGACCAGAGGCUUUAGAUGAUUAUUUUAGAUCCUAUGUAUACUUUUAUCAGUAGAAUGAUUUCAUUUAGAUGUAUAAUGAAAAAGAAUAAUGCAAAAAUUAUGUAAUAGAUACUAAAUUAGGGAAGUUUGGCAAUUUCAAUGGCAUAUUUUUAGUCAAGGUACACAGAUGGCAGUGCCAUAAGCAAGUCUAUAAAUAUCGGCUGCAGCCAUCCCCCUCAUUUUGAAUGUUGCCCUAGUAAUCAAUGCAGUUAACAAGUAUACUGACUGUGAGUCAUGAAAAAGUUCAUGUUCAGAUGGAAAUGUUAGGUUACUGUAUGGUUUAUAGAGAUUAAUGAAAAUGAAUGCCCAAAAAUAAGUCUUAGAAAACCCUCCAUUUUUAUGGUAAAUAGUAAUACAACUAGGUCAUUUCAUUUGAAAUCUAGGAGUCAAAUGGAAAGAUCCCCUAAUAAUACAACCAUUUCACUAACUUGUCUUUCUGUUUAUUGGGUUUUGAUUUGAUUUUUUUGUAAGCCAGUCAGGUUAUUUAAUUAUGAGGUAAUAAUCAAAUUUAAGAAUUUGUGACAUGUAGCAAUUCAAGAAACAAAAAGGUAUUUUGCUGUUACCUCAAUUCUUACUGUAGCAGCCCAUCUGAUGCUUCUAUAGUUAAGAAUCUGGGUUCCCCCCUAUUUUCAGGGGUUCAUGACUUGGCUGUUAAAGAUGUUGCUCUUAGCUAAUGCUUGGGAGUAGUCUGUGGGUGAAUGGAUGUGUGUUGAAUUUUAGUUUUAACAUACAUGUUGGGUGAGAGGGGAAAAAAUCUAAGCUGUCUGCCACAUUGAGUAUAGAAAAAUUGUAGAUUUCAAAUUUUAUUAAUAUUUUAAGCACUUUUUUCAACUUCCCAACCUUGUUUGAAGCUGUUAUUUGCAGUCCUAUUAGUUUUGAGCCAGUGCAUUUAAGUUCUCUAGGAGGGGGUUGGUUGGGGGAUGUACUGAAAGAGAUGAAGCAUGCCCACACCCUAAGAUGAUAACUGUGUGAUUUAGAAACCUGAGUUUAUUCCUUAAAUUGAAUUAUUUUCUUUUUAAAUUUUGGAAAGAGUAAAUUGAUGUACUUGCAGUUUAUGAAGCUGCCCCCCACCCCUCAGUUAAUUGCAGUCUAAUGUCAAGAGGCACUUCUUUAUUAAUUACCAAAUAGUCUUUGUGACCAAGGACUAACGUUUUUAAGUUACUCAGCUCUAUCCUUAUGGGCCUAUAUAUUUAAUACCUCCAAAGAUAUUUUCAGGAUAGGCUUUGUAUACUUUUAUUGGUUAUUUAGAAUCCAGUGGUAUGUUUGUGGUAUAGGAAUGUCAUGGUAAAUUGUUUUUCAAUAAAUAUUUUGAAACAUGUUUCCAUAUGAAGUUUUUUUUUUUUCAAUCUGUAUUUUUUGGUUUUGUGCACAUACAGCAUUUCCUAGGAUAAAAAUAAACAAAUGACCUACAGCCUCAUCCUCCCUAACUCAGUUUGAACUCAACUUAGCUCACACUCAGUGAUAAAACAACAUGAUAUGUAGAAGCCUAGGAUCACAGGGUGAUAAUGUCAGUUGGCAGCCAGUUGUGUUUUUUUGAAACAUCAUUAUUGGCAAUUUCUCCUUAUCACCACUGCUUUAAUGUAGGUUUUUUUUUUUGUUUGUUUGUUUGUUUUGUAAAUCCAUAUACUUUUGUGCAUACACUAGCUAAGAAAACAGAUUGCCAUUUUUGGUUAGGGAUAUGACUUAAUAUGUUAUUAUUUCUGGUUCUAAUGAAGAAUAAUACCCUAUGACUUUAAGUGUAAGAUUCAUCCUUUAAGUAGGGAUGUUUAGGAUAAGUUAGAUGUGUGCCACUAUGAUUUAUUGGGUUUUUUAAAAAUCUGAAAAUAAUAAAAUUUAUCUCACAAUAAGUUAACUUGCACAAACUUUUUACAUAUGGUGGGGUAUGUAAGGAAGCCCUGGCCAACUUAAAGAUUUUUCUGGAGGUUCAGCAAAGUCAUGUUAAAUUAGGGGCCUUUGGUCUCAUCCUUCUCUGACUCUUCUCUUCUACCCAGUCUCUUCCUAAAGUUCGGUGCUACUCCAGUUGGGUGCAUCAGGGAGCUCCGUCAGCACUCGCAUGUGUCACUCAGGUGGCCAUUCAUGCCUGCAUUCCAUUUAAUAGAGCCAAUUGGAAUUUUUAGAGCAUAAUCUUUAUGGGUCCUCAAAGCUGACUUUGCCGAAGGGGUUGAGACCCUUAUUACCAUCAGAUCUCUGUCUCUGCCUGGUUAAAAACUGACUCACUGUUGCUUUGUAGUAACCCCUGCCCAGGUAUUUUUUCAUUUGUGAAAAUAAAGGAUUUGAGAAAGACCUUUGUUCCUAGCCUGUUGGGAAGAGUUUAUAAUUUUAUGAAAAUUAAGUACAGAGGCUGCGAUCUUAGAAAUAAUGAAGGUGCCAUUUGGCUGCUCCUUAAUAGUGCAGACAGAAAACUCAGUAAACACAUGCCGAAACAUGAUUGAAGCCUUUGGCUGAAACUUUAUACGUAGAAAUAAUGAUUUGCUCAUAACAGGUAUCGUUAACUGCCACUUUUUAUGUUUUCCCUAGAAUUUGUAGCCUUGCUGCUCCUUUUUUUUUUUAUCCCCCCCCCCCCCCGGGUGGCAAAGUUACUACUGGAAAAACACUAUAAGUACAAAUUUUUUAGAGUUUUACCUUUGCUUUAAAAGUGAAUGUGUAUUUCACCUCUUGGCUGUGAAGGACCUUAGUUGCCAGGAAUUUUUUUUUUUUUUUUUUUUUUUGAGACGGAGUUUUGCUGUUAUUGCCCAGACUGGGAGGGCAAUGGCACCGUCUUGGCUCACUGCAACCUCCGCCUCCCGGGUUCAAGCAAUUCUCCUGCCUCAGCCUCCCGAGUAGCUGGGAUUACAGGCUCCUGCCACCACGCCUGGCUAGGAAAUUUUUUGUUGUUAAUAUGACAUUUGGAUUAAUCUCCAACUUCAACACUACUUUUGUCCAUAAAUCUCAGGAAUGUUUUAGGCAGAAAACUGGUUUUACCCUGUUGAUAAUCAGAAGAAGUGUGCUUUAGGACUUAUUGCAUAAUACUGUUCUUUAAUUGCAAUCCUAGGUAUCUAUAGCAUGAGUGGCCUUAGUGAGUUUGUUGAAGUGCACAUGUUUUUCAAGAGUAAAAUUUAAGAUUAAAAUUAUAUGCUCUAUAUAGAUAUCUAGAAAACUUGGUUUGUGGUGCACAGUUAAGUGUUGGAUCACUAAAUAACCAUUGCAGGUACUGUUUGUGUAACAUUACUCAUUUCUGUAUAUUCCUUUUAUGGGAAGAUAUUUUGCCAUGGUAACUAAAACUUUCAGUUUAGUUCUACUUUUAUGAUGUGAAUGAAUGCUACAUUUUAUUAAAUAUUACCAGGUCAGUACUAUUUUUAUACUUUAUUAAGCAUCAGGGGAUUUUAGUUUAGUCAAAAUUAAAAGUUCUUAAUGUAACAGUUAAAAGCAAAACACUAACAAUCUUUACGUGAAAAUCCCCACUAAUAGUGCCACAAUAAUUUCUAUAGAAAUAUCUAAGGUCAUUAAAUAGAUUUUUGAAGACAGUUCUUCAUUGUGUCAGGAUGACCUUUCAUAUCAUUCUCACCAACUUGUAGUGCCCACCGUUAUUUGUAACUAUUAAACCAUACUAAGUAUGUUUGUAACCAGCAUUGUGAUAUUAUUCUGUACUUGUAUUGCUAAAAAUGAAUUAUUGACCUAAUAAAUAUAGUGUUCCUGCAU